CCGUCCCGGACGCUCCGUUCCCAUUGAGAGCAAUUAAUACCACCUAGAGUCAGCGCAAAAUCUGUCGAAAACACUUGCCCUUUCGAUCCAAAGUUCCAAUCUUUGGGGGGUUUCCGGUUGGAUUUCGUCUUUUCUCAAGCUUCCGGAGCCGAAGGAUACGCGUCACCCGGGGCGGUGACGCGUGGAGUUCUUUCCAUGGGGUCCGUUGAAAGGGACUCGAAGGAACGUGGGAAGAAGGGAGACGUGAGGUCAAAGAUGGAUGUUUUUUUUUGGAAGGAUUUUAUUGAUUUGCCGCUGUCUUUUGGGAGAAAUCCAUUUAUGGUAGCGAUAUGGAGGUAAGAGGAGGGCAGAUCGAGUUUGCUGCAGUCGCACUGGUGUGAAAUCGAGCGAAAAAAAAAAACUGGAUUUUGGUUGAUUGUUUCAUCUGGAGCGAGUGGGAAGGUUGGAUUUUUAACUGAGGAAUUUUGAGUUUUUUAAGGCGUAGAUGGCUGCUGGUGAGAGCUGGGCCUUGCGGUUUCCAGUUCUUUGUGGAUUUGGAUCGAUCUGAGAGUUGGGCAAGAAACGGUCUUCUCGUGAUAUGAGAGAGGGAGAAAACUACGGUUUUGGGCGUGACCGCCGAAUUUAAUGCUUGCCGGAUUGCGUGUGAGAGAGAAAGUUUCAACGCACGGGAAGGCCGAUUGUUAGGGCUAGGAUUUGUAACCAAAUGAAGAUUGGGUAAAAGCAGAGGAGCAACCAGUGGUAUAUUGCUUAGUUUUCUUGGGCAGUUCUCGUGUAUUCUAGAGAAGGCUGAGAAAUUAUGGUAAAGGUGGUUUCUUGCAUGCAAGCUUAGGGUUGUUUGCUGAUUGGUGAUGUCGGCCGGAGGGAGGACGUCAACAUCAUCAAUAUCAUCAGCAUCAUCAACAUCGUCUUCGUCGUCACUAGAGCUGGAUCCGCUGUUGAAGGAUCUUACAGAGAAGAAGCUGAGCUUUCGGAGGAGCGUGGUGUCGCUGGCGGCGGAGCUCAAGGAUGUUCGAAGUAGGUUGGCUUUGCAGGAGGAGUCCUUUGCCCGAGAAAACCGAACAAGGCAGGUAGCAGAGUCAAAGGCGAGGAGCAUGGAGGAGGAGAUAGGUAGGCUGCAGAAUUGUUUGGAAGAGAGGAAUGAGCAAUUGAUAGCAUCUACAUCUACUUCUGAACAGUGUGCUAAGGAGUUCGAUGAUUUAAGAUCCCAGCUUUCAGUUACUCAAGCCACUGCAGAGGCUAGUGCUCUCUCAGCUCAAUCAGCACAAGCUCAGUGCUUGACCUUAUUGAGAGAACUAAAUCAGAAAAAUAGUUCACUAAAAGAGCAUGAGAUCCAUGUCAAUAAGCUAGGGGAGCAGUUAGAUAAUCUGCAAAAGGAUCUCCAAGCAAGGGAGCUUUCACAAAUGCAACUGAAAGAUGAAGUUUUAAGAAUAGAGAAAGAGAUCAUGAAUGCAGUUGUGAUAGCUGGAGCUAAAAAUGAUUGCGAGCUUCAGAAGGUUUUGGCUGAAGUCUCCCCCAAGAAUUUUGAGAAUCUCAGUAAACACUUGGAUGCUAAAGAUGCAGAGAUUGCUAGAUUAAGAGAUGAGAUCAGGAUCUUGUCAGCACACUGGAAACAUAAGACCAAAGAAUUAGAAUCACAGUUAGAGAAACAUCGAAGGACUGAUCAGGAAUUGAAGAAGAGAGUACUAAAGCUUGAGUUCUGUCUUCAAGAAGCGCGGAAUCAAACAAGGAAACUUCAAAGGAUGGGAGAAAAAAGUGAUGACGACAUAAAAGAGCUAAGAGAUCAGUUGGCAAUGAAGCAGCAGGAUGGGUCUGGCUGCAACGACAAGCAGAAAUUUUGGGAGAGCUCCAGUUUCAAGAUUGUUGUUUCUAUGUCUAUGUUGGUCUUAGCUGUUUUUGCGAAGCAGUGAAGGCAUCCUUUUUCAUUUUAUCUAUGCGCAAAGGAUGCUGUGUUUCAGUAUUCUGAAACAGCUUUAUUUAUUUAGAAAUAGAGAUUAGUUAUAUAGAACAUUCACAUGAACUUGUUAGUAACCCCUAUUAUCUAGGUCAGAGUUUUCAUUUCACGGUACGAAGCAGCCAAAUUGAAAUAUCUGUCAUCGUUUUGAUCAUUUUGUAUACCAUUAGUUGCUGAAAAAUGUACUGGUUGCUAUUUAGAGUGCAAAUGUUCUUUUUGUGUUUGACGUUGGGAAAGAUGGCCAUGUUAUGCCUUCA